UAGAGGGCAGUGUUGUGAAAAACGUGGUUCCGUUUUUUCCCGUCCUUGCAACGCGGAAAUGGACUUUCUGACAGUGGCGUGACGCUGUUUGACACCCCUUAAAGACAGUUGAGCGUGUCUACGUCUCUUUUUAAAAAACGAAACCAAGCCUUAAAACUCCUUGGGACCAGAAGGUUGAGACCAUGGAUGCGGAAAUGCUAGAUGACUCUCUCCCUCUCCGGCAGGACCUGACAUGUCCUAUAUGUCAGGGGGUCUUUAAGGAUCCCGUCCUGCUGCCGUGUUCCCACAGCUUCUGUCGGGAGUGCCAGAAGAGAAGCUGGCAGUUCAACAAGACGUGUCCCGUCUGCAGGGUGCCUUUCGAGGAAGGCCAGGCUAUCUCUAACCGAGCCCUCAGCGACGCCUCCGAAAGUUUCCUCCGGCAGGCCAAUCUGCGGCCCGUCCAGAACGCACCCAAUGAAGAGGUCUGUAACCUGCACCUUAAGCCACUGGAGCUGUACUGUGAGAAGGACGAGGAGCCUGUCUGCGUGGAUUGUGUCUCCCAGCACAGCACACAUAGGCUGUGGUCGCUGAAAGACGCCACAGGCAUGUGCAAGAAGGAGCUUGGCUUCAAAGUCCAGAUCUUUGAAAAGAAAGUGGACUCCUACAAAAAAAUGACAAAGAAGUUUAGCAAUGCAGUGGAGUAUAUCAAGCAUCAGGCAGGGGAAGCAGAGAAAACGAUCAAGGCAGAAUUUGGGAGGCUCCACGCUCUGCUUUACCUGGAAGAAUCCAAGCGGCUGGAAGCUCUGUCCAAUGAGGAGAAAGACAUGAUCAACAGCAUGCAGAGAAUGAUUGAUGAGACAGAGAAGGACAUUGCUAAAAUAAAGGAGCUCAUUGAGACUGUGAAGAAAGAGAUGGGCAAUGAGGAUCUGCCGCUCCUAAAGAAUUUCCAGAAUGUAAAAAGACAAGCCCACUGGGUUGAACCCGAUGCAGCCUUUCUUUUUGACUCCCUAAUAAACAUGGGCAAGCAUGUUGGUUCUCUGGGUUUCAACAUAUGGAAGGACAUGAAGGCUCACGUCAAAUAUUACCCAGUUGUGCUCGACCCGAACACAGCCUCUCCAUGGCUCUCCUUGAACGCUGAUCUAACCAGCAUGGUGGAGAGCUCAGAGCGGAUGACCGUCCCCGACAACCCAGAGCGCUUUGAUCCCGUUGUCUUUAUCCUGGGGGCUGAAGGAUACAGAACUGGCAAACACAAAUGGGACGUCAUUGUCGGUGACAACCCCAAGUGGAUCCUGGGAGUGUGCAAAGAGAUCGUCGCCCGGAAAAAGAAGUUCACAGUUUCAGCAAAUCGUGGCAUGUGGGCUUUAGGGCUGAGUAAAGGGGUAUAUACCGUCCACACUGAUCAGCGUACAGAGCUGACGGUGGCGCAGUGUCCUGAAAAAAUCCGCAUCAAGCUAAACAUGGAUAAGGGAGAGGUGUCGUUUUGGGACGGGGGAAGAGAAACGCACCUGGUCACCUUUAAACACAAGUUUGAAGGAAGAAUGUUUCCAAUUUUUGGCCCUGGCCUCCAUACUACACCCAUGGUUCUGGCUCCUGGGAAAAUAGCUGUACACACAUCAUAAAUGCAAAUUGGAAGUUGAUUCAAUUCUUCAUGAUGUAAAAAUUUACUGCAAGGUGAGCUUGAAACACCUUACCCAAUAAGAUUGGCUUUAGACAUCUGUUACGGAAAAAAUCUGAAUGAAAAUAAACAAAAAUAUGUUGGGAGAUUAAUUGCUGCUUGAAGUGCUUUAAACUACAUCAGACAUUUUUGUUAUUUUUAUUUUUUUUUUAGAACUUAUUUGUGUUCAAAGUAAAACUCACUGUUUUAGGGUCAGUGUUAGGAGUGAAAAGCAGUUUUUGCCUGUGUGUCUUUGUUAGAGUAAUUAAUGAUUAUGCUGCAAAAAGAGAGCUGUGGUUGCUAAUAGUUUCAGAGAAUGAUGAAAUGACCCUGUUAAUUGUGAUCAUUCUACAGGAAACACGUCGCUCUCAUCUUAAAACAUUUUUGCCAAAUUAAAACUGUGUUUCUUUACUUUGUUUUUGUGGCUGUUUUAAUCCAAAGAUAUUGGGGUUUUUUUUAUCAAUAUUCUGCACUCUUAAUCUUUGCUAUGCUCUUUAAUCUUUUAUAAUCUUUAUAUAUAUAUAUAAUUACAGGGACUUCACUUAAAGGUGUACAAACUGAACCUGAAUGCAGAAAAUGGUAAUAAACACUUAAUAAAAGAGGUUUGUGUCAUGAUUACUACCACUAAACCUAUUGUAUUGUUAUAUUUCUGAAGAACAUCAUCCUAAAACACAAGUUUUACAUUUCAUAAGUAUUGGAAACAAAUAUUUGGAUGGAUUAUCAUGCUCUUCCACCAUAUUUAUUUCUUUAUACAGUGCUUUGCGAGAAUAUUUAUACCCCGUAUUUUUUCAUGCUGUGUUUAAUGUUUUCAUUGGUUUAUUUUUAGAUGUACUUGUUUUCAUUUGAUCCCAAUAAAGGCCAAAUACAGAGUGUU